CCUUUUGUUGCUAUUCCUCCACGCCCCCCCCCCCCCCCAUCUGACGCCAUUCUACAUACUAGUAAUUCAUACUCAGAAAGGGAAAACUUGCCCAGCUUCCGUCACCUCUCGCCCACUACUUAUUCAACGCCAUUGCCUCUACCAGCCUGCUAUCUGUGAAUCGUCUACCUCUCCAUCCAUUCAUCCAACCCCAUCAACUCAGCCCUAUCUCGCAGACCUGCGAUAACUCCAGCAGUCUACACCACUCCUGUCAAAGAUACAAUACCAGAGGUAGCAUCUACACGCUCAACAUGGUCUCUCUCGUACCCAUUGCCCACAUCGUGGCCGCCGUCUUUUCCAUCAUUGAGCUCGGCCUCACUUCAUAUGUUGCCAGCGGCUACAAUGGCUACAACGGCUGGAGCGGUUGGUGGUCUCGCUCUCCCGAUAUCGUCAACUUCCUCAUUUUCAACUCCGUCUGGUCGCUGCUCGUCCUUGCCUACGUCGGCCUGACCCCUCUGUACAUGACCCGCCUCUUCCACAAGCUCGUUUCCCUCGCACUACUUGUCAUCACUACCAUCUUCUGGUUCGCCGGCGCCAUCGCCCUUGCCGUCUUCGUCGGAGCCCCUCACUGCGGCGCCAACACGUACUGCGGCUCCGCCCAGGCUGCCGUUGCCUUUGCCUUCUUCAUCUGGGCCAUCUUCAUGUUCCUUACUGUUCUCGAUACCCUCGACGCUAUGCGCUCUCGUGGCCAUGCCACCAAGCACAACCACGCCUACCCUGGCGCUUAAACGACCAAGAUCCGCAACGGAUGCGAUACAGUUUGGCUUGAUUUUCAACGGCCUUUGGAAUGACGUGGAAAUACCCCAAAGUAUGAAACGGAGUUAUGGGCUUAUUGUUUUUGGUAUGUCUAGCCACCAUACCUAGCUGGUGUUCUGGUUUGUGUUUGUAAUAUGGAUGUACGAGGUUCCAAGGGAACAUGAGACUUGAUCUAUACCUUAAUGAUACCAUUUGUGCCAUGCGCAAAGUUUAAAGACACGUAUGUACAAACCGUGAAGAUUGAUUAAGAUCCCUUGACGCACAAUAUCACGUUCAGGAAAUGAAUUGAAUGCACAGUAUCAUUGGGUCUCAGAAUAAUCUCUGAUUAAGAAAUUCAGGAAUACGACGAAAUGUGAAGCCUUCGAGCACCAUACUUUUUGACCUUGAAGUUCGCCAAAGUACGAUCCUGAGACUAAUGUCCCAUGCGUCGAACGAUGCUUGCCAUCUUGAAAUACAUCAACUCUCAUGGAUAGGAUGUGUCUGGCCAGGUCAAGGCCAUCGAGAAUAAGAUGAUGGCCCAGAAGCUUUCACGGAGCGCCAGGUGCCACUUGAUUCAUGCCAUCAACCAUCAGAACUACAAAAUUGAAGCUGCGGAUUAUUUUCGUUCCCAUUCCUAGGGUCGAAGGGCAGGUCCUCAUGACUUUGGCAUUCUGCAUAUACCACCGAUGAUGGGAGAACAAGACUCAAAUAAGAAGAUUCCAUGUCGUAGUCUGGAAGUGCCACGUCUACGGAGUAGUAAGGAGAUGCGUAUCCUUAUGUAUUUUGCAAUAGUCACAAUAUUCCGGCCUACCGGCAUCCAAAUUAAGAAUUUGUGCAGAUGAGCAAG